AUGGUGAAUACUGGAGCUGGUGCCCUUCUGAGGUAUCGAAGGUUCGAGAGCUUCUUGAAUACAAGAUCUAGCCGAAGUGUGGAAGAAACUCCAAAAUUUGUGGUGAAAGAUGGACUGGGAGAAACGCCAAGGAAUGAUGUCUAUACAGAUGAUGAUGGUUGGGUUUCUGCAAUCAUAUCUUGGAUCAGAAUUGUUACAUGUUUUGUGUCUAUGAUGGUCACAACAUUCAUAUGGGCAUUGAUCAUGGUUGUGCUUAUACCAUGGCCCUAUGAGAGGAUUAGACAAGGAAACAUUUAUGGGCAUGUGACUGGUAGAAUGCUGAUGUGGAUUCUUGGUAAUCCUAUAAAAAUUGAAGGUGCUGAGUACUCUAAUGAGAGGGCCAUUUACAUCAGUAAUCAUGCGUCUCCUAUAGACAUAUUUCUUAUAAUGUGGUUGACUCCAACAGGCACUGUUGGCAUUGCUAAGAAGGAGAUAAUAUGGUAUCCUUUAUUUGGGCAACUUUAUGUUUUGGCCAACCAUCUUCGUAUAGAUCGAUCCAACCCAACUGCAGCUAUCGAGUCCAUGAAAGAGGUAGCUCGUGCAGUUUUGGAAAAAAAUCUGUCGCUGAUCAUUUUCCCUGAGGGUACCAGGUCUAAGAAUGGACGACUACUUCCUUUCAAAAAAGGUUUUGUUCAUCUAGCACUGCAAUCGCGCCUUCCAAUUGUUCCAAUGGUCCUGACAGGUACUCAUCUAGCAUGGAGAAAAGGCAGUUUACAUGUUCGACCAGCACCUCUCACUGUCAAGUAUCUUCCACCUAUUAGUACUGAAAAUUGGAAGGUUGACAAGAUUGACGACUAUGUCAAAAUGAUGCACAACAUGUAUGCUAAACACCUUCCUGAGACUCAGAGGCCUCUGCCUUGA